AUGGCAAAUAAUAAAGGAUUUGAUGGUAAGGGGGACCUCAUUGAGGCCUACGUUGCCUUGCAACAUAUUGUAUCAUCCAUGAAUUAUAUUUGUGGAGUUCAUAUUGUCAUUUUGCAUGCUGCACGCGAAAGGAAUGGGCAUGCCUUUAUGCGGUUGUGUGGGCUUAUCAAAACAAGGGGUGUGUCAGAUUUAAAAUAUGUUGUGUUAAAGGAAAAGGUUGCUAUGUUCUUGAUUAUGCUUGGGCACCACCAUAAAAAUCGAAAUGUCAAAUUCAAUUUUAUGAGACCUGGUCAAACAAAUUGUCGUAGUGCACUUGAUGGCACUUAUGUUAGAGUGCUAGCUCCUGUAGUAGAUAAAGCAAGGUAUAGAUCAAGAAAGGGUGAAAUUGCGACUAAUGUCUUGGGUUCUUACUAUCUAGUUGAUGUGGGCUAUACUAAUGGGGAGGGCUUUUUAGCACCUUAUAGAGGACAACGUUACCACUUGUCCACUUGGAGGGAAGGGGGUGCCCCAACUAAUGCAGAGGAGUUCUUCAAUAUGAAGCACUCCGCGGCUCGUAACAUAAUAGAGAGAUGUUUUGGUCUUCUGAAGCUUAGAUGGGCAAUAUUGAGAACAUAUUCCUAUUUUCCAAUCAAGACCCAAUGUCGAAUUAUCACAGCUUGUUGUCUUCUACACAAUCUCAUCAAACGUGAGAUGCCUAUGGAUCCAUUGGAGGUAGACUUAGAUGACACAUUGCCAAAUAAUCAAGAAACAGGUGACGAGUACAUUGACACAAUUGGGAGAUCUGACCAAUGGAGUAAUUGGAGGGACACUCUAGCUAACCAAAUGUAUAAUGAGUGGUUAGCUAAUAGGAUGUAA